AUGCUUUAUUCAUUUUUGCCAUCAGAUAAUUAUUUGGCAUUAAAUCCAUUGGUACCAACAUUAUUAGCUGCUGCAGCUGCAUCAUCUUCAUCUUCAAAUUCAACAUCAACAACAAAUAACAAUGGUACAACAACAACAUCAACGAAUGCUAAUCAUUCUCAUGUAGUUCAUCCAUCGUCUUAUGUGACAUCUUCAUCUUCAACAGAUUCUUCAUCUAGUCAACAUCAUCCAUAUGCAUAUACUAGUAUGUUAGCAACAACAACGAAUAAAAUUUCGAAUGCAACAACAAAUCUUAUUGUUGAUCCAAUUUCACAUUUACCAGAACUCAUUAAUGUACCAUCAUCUUCAUCAAUUAUUGAAGCAACUACAACGAAUAGUAAUACACAACAAAUACCUUCGAAUGAAUUAAUAAAUAAUGAAAAUGCUCAAUCAAAUUCUUCAUUAUCUCAUUCACCACAAUCAACAAAUACAAUUAUACAAAAUGGAACAUCAUCAACAAAUAGUAGUACAACAUCAUCAGGAACAAUACAAAAACGUUUACAUGUAUCAAAUAUUCCAUUUCGAUUUCGAGAUGAUGAUCUUAAAGCUAUGUUUGAACAAUUUGGUGAAAUUAUUGAUACAGAAAUUAUUUUCAAUGAACGAGGAUCAAAAGGUUUUGGUUUUGUAACAUUUGCGUCUAGUGAUGAUGCUGAUGCAGCUCGUGAAAAAUUACAUGGAGCUGUUGUUGAAGGACGUAAAAUUGAAUUCUCUCUCGCAUAA